AAAUUAUGCAAAUUACUUCAAAUAUUAUCAUCUUGGUCUUCAGGAAGUGUAGGUUUGUGGAACUGGAAAUGGGUGGGAUGACUGAGUGGGACACACCAUUUGAAUUUAUACCUAUAUACUGAUGUGGGAAUCCUUUGCUUCCCAGCAGCCUUCUCAAUAGACUGCCCAAAAUAUUGAUUCAUACAAGAGCUUAAGGGGUUAUCGUCCAGAACCUGGUUCUCUUAUGCAGUUUGUUUUGUGCAAUCAACCCACCUAAGUGUUUGCACACCUACAAGAUCUUCCACAAACACAUGAAGGCCCUAGUACAGCUCCAGCUUGUUUUGAACUACAUUAUGCUAUCCCUGCAGAUGCAAUAUUUUGUACAAUCAACAAACCUAAGUGUUUGUACAACUACAAGACCUUCCACAAACACAUGAAGGCCACAGUACAGCUCCAUCUAGUUUUUAACUACAUUUAUGCUAUCCUUGCAGUUGCAGUAUUCUGUACAAUCACACCUAAGUGUUUGGAACAAAUAGUGCAGCAAGCAUGAGAAUAAAACUGAACUCUAUCAACAGGACAAGACAAGCAAGCCAAAGAAGUUUGCUUACUACCAAGUACAAUCCUGCCAUGAAUGCUAUGGACAUCAUCACUAGUGCAACACCAAGAAGAGGCAACGCCAACUUGACAGAAAGCAGAAUCAGACCAACGUCAGUUAAUUGUGCCCAAAUGAACAUGGCUGCAACAGUGGAGCUAUGCAUAGCUACUGUGUUGCAGAUAACGAAUAAGUGGAACAUCUUUUCCAUUAGCAUGAUCGCCAAGCCUUGGUCUGGACCGGAGUUGUUGUCACCUCCAGGGAUUGUGAACCCCAGCUGAAAAUGUCAUUGCCAUGAUGAGUGUGGAUGCUAGUAAUAUUACAUCAACCUUGUCCUUGUAAUUUUCAGAUUUGGAAGGCCCUCUUUGCCCUAAGCUAACUCUUCUGUUCUUCAUGUCUGUUGCUCGACAUUGUUUUGCACAGGCCAGUCCUAAGGCCACCCUUGUCAACUGCUGCACAAUAGAAAACAAGGUUACCUGUGGAAAUGAAGCCAUAGAUUCCUUAUUUUCAUUGUAUCCAUCUGCAAUAUCAAGUGCUGAAAGUCCAUCAUUCUUCCUAACCAGUAGAUUAACCCUCCGAUCCCCUGUAAGGGUGCUCACAACGUUAGGAUGCUGGCCACUAGCAGCCAAAAGCAACUGUGUGUUUCCAUUUUCAUCUCUAUCAUUUAUAAGUUUCUCUAGCGUGGGCACUUUGAGUAUGUGCUUAACCAAUUCUGUUCUUCCAAUCUUUGCUCCUAUAUGAUGUUUUGA